UUUUAUCAGGUCAGUGUUAUCUGCUGUGUCAUGCUGUAAUUCUGCUGUUGAGUAUGACCACAGUGAAGAUCCCGGAUGGAAAUGGAAACACCCUCACACUGCUGGAAGUGGAUGGCCACUAUUACCCAAACUCAUCUGCUAACGUCAUCAGGGGGUAUACGUGACGUCAUGAUACGAGAUGAUGACGUUCUGAUAUGCGCAUACCCUAAAUGUGGCACUCACUGGUUGUGGGAAAUAAUCCGCUUGCUGUUGGAGGGGAAUACUGACGGCAAAAUACGGGAGAAGGAUGAGCUACAUUUAGAGUUUGUAGCCAAUGACGUCAUGAAGAAAUUUCCAUCUCCGCGAAUUUUGAACACUCACGUCCAGUUCCAUCAGUUGCCACAGGCAGUGCUCGACAAGAAAUGCAAAAUCAUCUUCCUUGCCAGGAACCCUAAAGAUGUGGCAGUGUCGUUCUACCAUCAUCAUAAGAAUCUGCCCAUGUACUAUCAUUAUUAUGGAACUUGGGAGAAUUAUCUCCCCUUGUUUCUGGAAGGCAAAGUUGACUUUGGCUCUUGGUUCGCGUACAUGAAGAACUGGGAGAAAGAGAUGAAGAACCAUCCAGAGUUGCCGUUCUUGACUGUCAUGUUCGAGGAUUUAAAAGAGCACUCCUUGUCUGGAAUCAGGAAGAUGGCGGACUUUCUUGGGGUAAAAAGAUCAGAGGAGUUUUAUCAGACAGUGUCAGAAAGGACAAGCUUCAGUCAAAUGCAGACAACCAAGGGGAGACUACUCAAGGAACAUGGAGGUACAUCAAUAGUGUACAGGAAAGGGGAAGCGGGCGACUGGAAGAAUCACUUCACAGUGGGACAGAGUGAGGUGUUUGACCAGCUGUACAGGAACAGAUGGACGGAUGCAGCUUCAGAUUCAGAUAUUCAAUAAAUGACUCCGCCUCUU